UGUCUCUGGUAGCUCACACCGCCUCUCGCCAGCAUCUUGUUUUACAGCCGGCUUCUCUGGGUCUCAGAGAGAGGGAGGGGGGACUCCAGGCUCAGUCCAUGAUCCCUGCUCCAUCUAAGAGAGCGGAUUCUUCAGCAACUGGGUACCAUUUCCAGCUUGACCAGGCAGCAAGAGUAAAGCUGGAUUUGAAGGACAUGCCAAAAAAAAAGACCUCCCUCCCCCAAAUAAGCAAGCUUAGGGGGGAGGAAGGAAGACAGAGACUCACUCAACCUCAGCAAUAACAAGGGAGACGCUGUUUAGUCAUUUCUAUCUACUUCCCCAGGGCUGAUUAUACUUUCUGAUUACUCCUGACUGCAUUUAGAAAGAUUUGAGAGGCAGACAGCACAAUUCACUCGUUAUCCUGAGGAUUGGUUUCCCAACGGUUCCUAGAUCAGUCCCUGCAUUUUGGGGAUGAGAGUUUCUUUCCUUGCAAGAUGGAACUGAUCUGACUCCAGACUCCUUUUAGAAGCAGAAGAACGGUCUUCUCCCACAUUGAGGCCUGAAGCCAUCAUGGCGGCAGGCGUAGCAGCAUGGUUGCCCUUUGCCAGGGCAGCUGCCAUAGGAUGGAUGCCAGUGGCCAACUGCCCUAUGCCAUUGGCCCCAACUGAGAAAAACAAGAGGCAGGAUGAGCUGAUCAUUCUGAAUGUGAGUGGGAGGCGCUUCCAGACCUGGAGGACUACACUGGAGAGGUACCCGGACACGCUCCUGGGCAGCACGGAAAAGGAGUUCUUCUUCAAUGAAGACACCAAGGAAUACUUUUUUGACCGGGACCCUGAAGUCUUUAGGUGCAUUUUAAACUUUUACAGAACUGGCAAGCUGCAUUACCCAAGGUAUGAGUGCAUCUCUGCCUAUGACGAGGAGCUUGCCUUCUAUGGGAUCCUACCUGAAAUCAUUGGGGACUGCUGCUAUGAAGAGUACAAAGACAGGAAGCGGGAAAACGCUGAGCGGCUGAUGGAUGACAAUGACUCAGAGAACAACCAAGAAGGAUCCAUGCCGUCUUUGAACCUCCGGCAGACCAUGUGGCGAGCCUUUGAAAACCCCCACACCAGCACCUUAGCCUUAGUGUUCUACUACGUCACUGGCUUCUUUAUUGCGGUCUCAGUGAUCACUAACGUGGUGGAAACUGUUCCAUGUGGCACAGUGCCUGGGAACAAGGAGCUUCCAUGUGGGGAGAGGUACGCCGUGGCUUUCUUCUGCUUGGACACAGCUUGCGUUAUGAUUUUCACUGUCGAGUACCUUAUGAGGCUCUUUGCAGCCCCGAGUCGCUACAGGUUCAUGAGGAGUGUCAUGAGCAUCAUUGAUGUGGUGGCCAUCAUGCCCUAUUACAUUGGCUUGGUGAUGACCAACAAUGAGGACGUCAGCGGAGCCUUUGUAACACUAAGGGUUUUCAGGGUUUUCAGGAUUUUCAAGUUCUCACGCCAUUCCCAAGGCUUAAGAAUCCUGGGCUACACGCUGAAGAGCUGUGCCUCGGAGCUUGGCUUUCUUCUCUUUUCCCUCACUAUGGCAAUCAUCAUCUUUGCUACUGUGAUGUUUUAUGCAGAGAAAGGGUCUUCAGCCAGCAAAUUCACCAGCAUACCAGCUUCCUUUUGGUACACUAUUGUAACCAUGACAACCCUUGGUUAUGGUGACAUGGUGCCCAAGACGAUUGCUGGAAAGAUAUUUGGCUCCAUUUGCUCGCUGAGCGGAGUGCUGGUCAUUGCUCUGCCUGUCCCAGUUAUUGUUUCCAAUUUCAGCCGAAUUUAUCAUCAGAAUCAGAGAGCUGACAAGCGAAGAGCACAAAAGAAAGCCCGGCUGGCACGGAUACGAGUGGCCAAAACAGGCAGUUCCAGUGCUUAUCUUCACAGCAAACGCAACGGCCUGCUGAACGCAGCCUUGGAGCUGACGGGAUCUAGUGAUGAUGAGCAGCACAUCAGCAAAUCCACCUCGCUGAUCGAAAGCCAACAUCACCACCUGCUGCACUGCCUGGAAAAAACAACUGGAUUGUCCUAUCUUGUGGAUGAUCCCCUGUUAUCUGUACGAACUUCCACCAUCAAGGUUUAUAACAGUGAGGCACCACAGACUUCACCAGACUCACUUCAGGGAUACAGCUGUAACCAUGAGUUCAUAGAUGAGCAACUGUUUGAGCAGAACUGCAUGGAUAACUCAAUGCAGAAUUACCCCUCCACUCGCAGCCCCUCAUUGUCGAGUAACAAUGGCGGGUCCACCUCCUGUUGUUCCCGACGCAACAAGAAGACGACUCAUCUUCCCAACUCCAACGUGCCAGCCACUCGCCUGCGGAGCAUGCAGGAGCUAAGCACGAUACACAUCCAAUGCAGCGAACAGCCAUCACUUACAACAAGUCGUUCCAGUCUCAAUAUGAAAUCAGAGGACGGGCUGAGACCAAACUGCAAAACCUCCCACCUCACGACAGCCAUCAUCACUAUUCCUACCCCACCGGCACUGACACCAGAAGGAGAGAGCAGCCCUCACCCUACUACGAACAUUUCCACCACAUGCAGCAACAUAGUCAAGGUCUCUGCCUUGUAAGGUGGUGUCGUUUGAAGGAAGCAGCUGGAAUGCCAGCGUCUCUCCCCCUCCACACCUUCAUGUUCCUUUCUUGCUGCAAAUUGUGCCUGGAUGGACCAACCUGACAUUUCGUCAUAGAAUUAGUAAUGGAGACCUAACGAGGCAGCUUUCUUCAAACUUGCAUUCAUGCUAUGGACUGAGAACAGAUGAGGAGCAGGAGGACAAGGUGGGUUGGAGAAAGGGUCUGUGUGCGCCCGCGCCGAGCCUUGUUCCAGGAUAUGAAGCAGAAAAUUGUUUCUAGAGGCUAGAGAAAAAGAACCGUCAUGGCAACAAGAAAGUCAAUAAAGAAACAAAUAUAA